GACUGUAACUUAGCAACAAAGUUCUCAAUGUUUACGUUAAUAUCUUUAGUUUGAGACUUAGGUUUUCUUAAGCCUACCGUUUCGUACCAGAAGGUUUUUAAUUUUAAUUAUACGUAUAUUAGUUAUAGGAAACUGACAAAGGAGACUUAACUUCCUCACCACUUAACAACUCCCAUAAACCACUGAACAAAUCAAGCAUUUUAAUUGAACAUUUAGAUAAGUUGAAGAGUAGCGACAGUCUUUCAUAAUAACAAAAUAAUUUAAACAAUAUGUGGAUAUUAACAGUUGAAGAACAGUUUGUGAAGAAUAAAGGAAGUAUAUGAACUGAAAAUUCUUGAAAAUUAUCAGCUAAUGUAAUCAUAGAAAUUCAGAAGAAAGCAAUUACUUGACAAACUUGUAUAGGUAUAAGUAACUGAAGAAUAGUUACACAAGUUAAUAAGCAACUACUUAUCAGUAACUGAAGUGAAGAUGUGGACAGUGGCAGCAGCAAACAAAAAGUUGGAUGGACCCCUUAGUUCUUAUAACAGCUUGACAGAUGAACAUUUGAGUCAUUAUUUCUCCAAUCAUGCAAUUAAGCAACAUCUCAUCGAGAUGGGAUUGGUAACAAAAAAAGGAAAAAUUAUGUCUCCAGCAGCCCAUAAGAAACAUUUACGCAGACAGGAACAUAAGAAGCAGAUUGAUGAAAUGUUAGCUACAGCAAUUGUUCAAAAGUCACUGUAUCUGGAACGGUUACACAAAUCAGAAAUGAGACGUCAGCUUUCUGACUUAACAAAAAUUGAGCUAGUGGAACGAGUAAAGAGUGCUCGUUCACGGCAUAAACCACAAGAAGGUAAUUCACUGCCACCACGAUCAUUAUCAGCUUGUCCUUCAUUAUCCUGGAUCAGAGGGAAAACUUCCCCCACUUCCCAGCUGUCCAGAAUGUUAGCUAGUUGCUCUCAUCGUCCUUGGAACACUACUACAUUCCCUAAUGUACAGGAUUUCUUGGAUGAAGGCUCAACUGAUGACAUGAAUGAGAGUGAAAAAAUAGAACAUCAGAGGCCAGCACAAAAUAAAAGAAAGAAGAAAAGAAAACGUUUUUCAAAGGCAUCCAAGAAUGAUACUAUUCAGGCCAUGGAUAAUACAGAGUUGAAACGGGUUGAUCAGAACUCCUUGCAACUUAAUUCAAUCUCCCAAUAUUAUGCCGAUUUAACUAGAAGAUUACUUCAACAAGCAGCAUCACCAUACCUUCUUCCAUUAUUGUCUCAAACCUACAAGUGUGAUAUUUCUUCAAAGGCUAAUUUUCGAUCAAGGUCUGCAGGAGCUAAAAGAACAAACAGUGCUCUUCAAAAACUAAAAUCUGUAGGCAUUAAUCGAGCAAGUAGUGCAUCUGGGAGGCCAAAAUCUGCACUUCGAAAAUCAUCAGAAGAAACAGACAGACAGCAAACAUUUCCUUAUGUUAAUAGUGAAUUGCAGAAAGAAAAGAAGAACUGGAAAAAACAUUUAAAGACAACUCCAGAAGUAGGUAGAAAUCAAUGUGCAGUUACAUUACUCUUCCAUGGAACUAUUCAAAGGAUGAAAAGUUGGUUCUCUCAAAAAUCCAGGUAUGACAAGCAAGAGGUUGUUGUGUUACAGCAGCAUUGUGGAGGUCAUCCAAUCACUGUGUAUAAAAAUCAGCUUACUCCAGGAGAUGAGUUUACUUUCACUUCUCGUCGUCACAUGGGAUACCCUUACAGUGUUGUUAUAUUUGUGGAUGGUCUCAGAGUUCUUCAUUUGAGUACAUGUUGUGAAUAUCGUCACAAGAUAGGAACAAAGUUGGGUGGGAAACAAGGUCAAUUUUCUCUGGUGAAUGUGUAUGGUAGCCAUCCUUGUUUCAGAUGCCACCUCGAAAGCCAACUGCUUUUAUCUCGACCACGACACCCAUCACCAUGCAGUAAGAAUAAUGGCCGUUUCACAUUAACAUUAGCUGACUCUCAGAGACAUAUGGUACCAAAAUGUCUAACCAGUGAAACUGCACCUUCCUUAACUCAGUUCACUGCAUUCCCAUCAGAACACCAUCUGGAUUCCAAUAGGCAUGCUGAGGAUGUAAAUGUUAGUCAACUGGAUAAUGAAGAUUACUCAACAAGCAGUGAAGUGGGAAGUGACAGCAGUGAAACUUCUAUUAACAGAGAGCUAGAUAAUGGAUUUCUCCAUAAAAUGGACAGCAAUGAAGCUGAAAAUAAUCAAUCAUAUAAUGGAGAUUACCACUUGGUAAGACAUACAGACAAAGCUUCAUCCACUACUACUGUAGAUGAUGACGAUAGACCUGCUUCUUCACGAAUUGAAGUUAAAGAGGAUGAAAAGAUAAAUUAUAUGGAAUCAGAAAAUGGUUUAGGAGUUGAUCACAUGGAUUGUGAUACAUUAGAAGAUGAUGGAAAAGAAGAAGAGAAACUUAUUAUUGAUGAACUGGAAGACAAUAAGGAAAUUAAAGAGGAGAUAGCUACUAGUAUAUUAUAUAAUGAAAAAACUGAAAAUAAAACCAAUUGUGUUAUAUUAGAAGAUGAUGAAGAAAUAGAAGAGAAAUUAAGUAAUGGAGAAUUAGAAAGUGAUAAAGAUGUAGCAGAAGAGGUAGCUUCUGAUUCGUCAGAUGAUGAAGGAAAUGAAGAAGUGGAUGAAAAAUGUGAUACUAGUAAUACAGAUACAGACAGAGUAGUUGACGACAAGAUAUGUUUGAAUGAAUUAAAUCAUGAACUAAAAGCUGAAGUGAAAAAAAGCUCUUUGGAAGAUGGAGGAAGCAUAAAAGAUGUUGGUUUUGAUGAAUCUGAGAAUGAAAAAGAAAUUAGAGAUAAUACAAAUUAUGCUUCCUUAAGAAAUAGAGAAGUAUUGGAGAAGAAAUCUAACUCUAAUACAGUUGAUGUUGCUGAUAGAGGACUGGAGAAAGAGGGUAGUUCUAGUUUGUUAUUGGAAGGAGGAGAUGAAAACCAUAUUGAUGUAACUUUAACAGAAGGAAAAAGAAGAGAGAUUGAAGAAAAGCUUCAUGCUAAAUGCCUUAGUGACGAUAGUAAAGAAAUUAUUGAAAACACUUUAAGCACAGACCAUGAAGAAGAGAGAGUUACUGGCAAAUAUCAGUGCUCUGAACAUAUCUGUAGAGAAGAUGCUGUGACAAAAUAUGAAAAAGAUUUUGUUUUAGUUAGUUCAGCUACUGAUGAAAAACUGAAUAAAGAUGACUCUGAACAGAAUAAGGAAGAAAGUGAGUUACUUAACUUAGAUGUGAAAAACACAGGAAAAAAGAGUGAGCUUAGUGAUAAAAGUAAUUCAACUCAAGGAAAUUCUAAUAAAGACAAGAAUGAAGAAAGACAUUCCCUAUCAGUCAGAAGAAAUUCCAGUCACAUUUUAACAUCAGAAAGCUCUGCUUUUGAGGAUAUUGUGACACAUCAAGAAACUUGUUUGUCAUUUGAUUUUGAAAGUGGGAGCGAAGUUUUCUCUCCUGUGUGCUCAGAUACAGAGCUAGAAAAUAAAGACAAACUCAGAACAGCUUUUCAGGAUGACACUGUAAUGAAUGUCUGUAAUGGAUAUUCUGCAAAAAAUAUGGUAUCACGUUCUAGUCAGCAAUCAAAUGUUUUAGAAACAACUGGUAAUGAAGAAAUGUUGGGUCAUUAUCUUGUCAAGGACAACACGUUGUUAACAACCAGUAACGGAGAACGGCAGCUAGGAUACCAGUCAUCAGAUGAUGAAGACAGUGAUAUUGUGACAUGUGGGAUGAAGCAAUUGUCAGUUACUGUAGAUGUCCACUCUGAACCGACUCAUUGAUAAGAUAUGUAAUAAUGAAUGUUGUUUCACAGUCUUGUUAUGUGUGAUCAGUGCCUAGCACUGUUUCAAUUUAUCUUUGAUCAAUCUUAUGUUAGAGUAACAAGCAACCCUCAGCACUUCUAGAAUUCUUUCUUAAAGCUUGCUGAAGUGUUUGAAGUUCUUCAACACUUAACUCUUUCCUUUCAAAUGGACAGUGACUCCAAAAAGAAUGUUCAGAAUUAUGAGUGUAUCUCAAAAUAUUUUCUAUAAUUGCUGAAAUGAAAAAUAUUUUACUCAGACUACUUCUAAUGCUUUUUAAUAUCAUGAUUUAUAUACUCAACUGUACAUGAGAUAGAACUGAAGGUUUAAAAUGUUUUCUUUGGGCAUUUCCUCUGUAGAACAUUUAUAAAAAUAGAGAAUACUGUUA